AUGGUCAUAAAUGAGGGGGAGAAAAGGGGCGGUUUGCCAUUCAGACCGUCGGAAGUGUUGGAUUUUUUGAAUUUCAUGUCAGUGGCUGGAGUAAGCGAUGCGGGAUUCUCUGGAUCAAGGUAUACCUGGUGCAAUAAUCGCUCGGGGGCUGCUCGGAUUUGGAAGCGUCUUGACAGAUUACUACUAAGUGGGCGUGCUUUGGAGCUGCAGCACCAAGUCAUGGUUCAACAUUUGGUCCGUGAUCCGUCCAACCAUUCUCCGUUGUUACUAUCAGUGGUUACGAGGCUGGACAAUAAACCCAUGCCAUUUCACUUUUUGAAUGUCUGGACCACUCAUCACAACUUGUUAGGGGCUAUUAAAGAUUGCUGGUUUCAGUCAAUUAGUGGAGCCCGUCGCAUAGAGCACGAGGUAGUUGAUGCCGAGAUGAAGUAUGACCUGGACCCGACUGAUCAUCUGCGUUGUGAACUAUAUCAUGCUCGAGCGCAGUUACGGCGUGCGCUGGCAAUUGAGGAGGGCUUUUGGAGGCAAAAAGCGCAGGUGAAGUGGCUUUUGGAUGGAGAUAGGAACUCUAAGUACUUUCACUCAUUGGUAGCAGAAAAGAGACGUAGGGCAGUGAUUCAUAGGGUUAGGAAGACUGAUGGAGAGUGGAUCGAGGGGGAGCCACAGAUUGGUGAUAUUGCCGUGAGGUUCUUCCAGGAGCUUUUCAUGGCAAAGGGGAACUCAACAUCCAAUGCCAUUCCGGAGAUUAUUCCGAAACUGGUCACUAACCAGGACAAUUCACUGUUAACGGAGAUUCCCUCUCUUACAAAAGUCAAGACCACAGUCUUUGCCAUGGAUGAGGAGAGUGCAGCGGGCCCGGACGGGUUCACAGGGAAAUUCUUUACCUUCGCAUGGGAGGUGCUUCGACAUUUCGGGUUCAAUGAGAUCUGGAUAGACAUGAUAUGGCGCCUAAUCUCUAAUGUCUGGUUUUCGGUAUUGGUUAAUGGAGCUCCACAAGAUUUUGUCAAGUCCUCACGAGGAUGCCCGUUGUACGUUGGAAGGCGGAAAAAGGUCUAUUAUGCCGAUACAUGCAAUGCGGUGGCGGCCCGGAUCCUGUCAUGGAAGAAUCAGAUUUUGUCAGUUGGGGGUAGAGUGGUAUUGAUUAAGAGUGUGUUAUCCUCAAUGCCGAUUCAUUUGCUCGCAGCUGCUUCUCCUCCAAAGGGGAUAUUAAUGGCACUGGAGAAGUUAUUCACUAAUUUCUUGUGGGGGUCGUCGGAUUCUGAAGAUAAAUUCCAUUGGAUGCGAUGGGAGGAUUUGUCUCGGCCGCGGGAAGAGGGGGUGUUGGUUUGUGGGAUUGAAAGAGGGCAGCACCCUUGUCUAGCUGAUGAAGGGCAUCAGAGAUCCCAUACAUGGCGGAGAAUGGUGGUGGUGCAGCGAGUAGGGGAGGAUAACAUUAGCUAG